CUCGAGGUUGGGUGUUGUAAUCCCGGUUCACAAACUUUUGGCGUCAGUCCCUCCUGUUGCUUGAGGGACUUCUCUGUCCCUUCUCUUCCCAGUACGUUCAGGCACAUACAGAGUUGCUCUCUGCCUGGCAGUCCCUGCGCAGGGAGGACGGGGAAGGAGGGAGGGCGGAGGACACAGUUUCCCUUUCAGGGCCGUCUUUCUUGCCAUUCUCAUAAGCGGAGUGGGAGUGCCGGGGACUCUCCUGGAGCCAGAUGCCUGGAGCCGAGCUGGGUGCAGGGGCCCAGGCUGGAGACUGCGUUUAGGCCUGUGUUCGACUUGCCCUGGCUCGGGGCCAGCCUCUCUUCCCACUAGCUCACGCUCCCUGCUGCCCUUCCAGCUUCGCAUUCUUACCGGCGGUGCCUCUCAUUCCACCCUGCCCAGCCACCACACAGCUAUGGAUGGACAAGCGGCAGCGCAUGGGCGCGGGCCUUCUGUGGUCUCCUGGGUCCCGGAGGAGGGAGAGAAGUUGGACUGGGAAGGUGAGGCCCAGGUGAAGGAGCGGGGCCAAUGGACCAACAAGAUGGAGUUUGUGCUGUCAGUGGCCGGGGAGAUCAUCGGGCUGGGCAACGUCUGGAGGUUUCCCUAUCUCUGCUACAAAAACGGGGGAGGAGCAUUCUUCAUCCCCUACUUACUCUUCUUCUUCGCAUGCGGCAUCCCAGUGUUCUUCUUGGAGGUGGCGCUGGGCCAAUACACCAGCCAAGGGAGCGUCACAGCCUGGAGGAAGAUCUGCCCCCUCUUCCAGGGCAUCGGCCUGGCUUCUGUGGUCAUCGAGUCCUAUUUGAACAUCUACUACAUCAUCAUCCUCGCCUGGGCCCUAUUCUACCUGUUCAGCUCCUUCACCUCUGAGCUGCCCUGGACGACCUGCACCAACUCCUGGAACACAGAGCAUUGCAUGGACUUUCUGAACCACUCAGCAGCCAGCAUGGUGACCCUGUCUGAGAACUUCACUUCACCUGUUAUGGAAUUCUGGGAGAGACGGGUUCUGGGCAUCAGCUCUGGCAUCCACGACCUGGGGGCCCUGCGCUGGGAGCUGGCCCUGUGCCUCCUGCUCGCCUGGGUCGCCUGCUACUUCUGCAUCUGGAAGGGGAUCAAGUCCACGGGCAAGGUGGUUUAUUUCACAGCCACGUUUCCCUACCUGAUGCUGGUUGUCCUGCUGGUCCGAGGCGUCACGCUUCCCGGGGCCUACGAGGGCAUCAUCUAUUACUUGAAGCCAGAUUUGCUUCGCCUCAAGGACCCCCAGGUGUGGAUGGACGCAGGCACCCAGAUCUUCUUCUCAUUUGCCAUCUGCCAGGGGUGCCUCACGGCCCUGGGCAGCUACAACAAGUACCACAACAACUGCUACAGGGACUGCAUCGCCCUCUGCUUCCUGAACUGCGCCACCAGCUUUAUGGCUGGCUUCGUCGUCUUCUCCAUCCUGGGCUUCAUGUCCCGAGAGCAGAGGCUCCCCAUUUCCGAGGUGGCCGAGUCAGGUCCCGGUCUGGCCUUCAUCGCAUUCCCCAAGGCUGUGACCAUGAUGCCUCUGUCUCCCCUGUGGUCAUGCCUGUUCUUCCUCAUGCUUAUAUUCCUAGGGCUGGACAGCCAGUUUGUCUGUAUGGAGUGCCUGGUGACAGCCUCCAUGGACAUGUUCCCUCGGCAGCUGCGGAGGAGUGGGCGGCGUGAGCUCCUCAUCCUUGCCAUUGCGGCCGUGUGCUACCUGAUGGGGCUCUUCCUGGUCACUGAGGGCGGGAUGUAUGUCUUCCAGCUGUUCGAUUAUUACGCAUGCAGUGGCACGUGCCUGCUGUUCCUCUCGGUGUUUGAAGUGGUCUGCGUGGGCUGGGUGUACGGGGCAAACCGCUUCUAUGACAACAUCGAGGACAUGAUUGGCUACCGGCCAUGGCCCCUGGUGAAGAUCUCCUGGCUCUUCCUGACCCCUGGACUUUGCCUGGCCACUUUCCUCUUCUCCUUGAGCAAAUACACCCCUCUCAGAUACAACAAUGCCUACGUAUACCCUCCCUGGGGGUACUCCAUCGGCUGGCUCCUGGCUCUCUCCUCGAUGGUCUGCGUCCCACUCUUCAUCGUCAUCACCCUCCUAAAGACACAGGGUUCCUUCACGAAGCGCCUGCGACAGCUCACCACGCCCGACUCCAGCCUGCCGCGGCCCAAGCGACAGCUCCCCCUGCCAGGCGGCGCUGCCCAGGACUGCCGCCCGCGCCCCACAAGGGCGGGGCUGCUGGCUGGGCAGACGGAGACCCAUCUGUAGAAGGUGGCCAGAGACCAGGUGGCUCCUGGCUCUGGGUCCCAGGUUGGGCCACUCUCCAGCCGUGACAGCCCUGCCUCUGGCCCCUCAGGCCUGCUGAGACCUCCGGGAGCCUUGGCAGCUCCCUGGAGGCCAGACUCCUCACAGCCGGAGCGCCUCUCCGGCGGGGCGAGCCGUGCUGGGCACCAGCGCCGGUUGGAGCACGCCGCCUUGCCUGUAACGGAGGGCGGCCAGAUGAGCCCGUCUGAUCACAGCCCGCGGCACUGCCGGCCCACGGGCGCUCCCUGCGGGCGCUGCUGAGCCUGCGCACGGCACAGCGGCGGCCAUGGGAGUGCGGCGUGAUCCGGCUCAGAGAGCCCGUGGACUUGCCGUGGGAAGCGAGGACAGAGCUCGGGGCUGGGUUCUGAGGGCCAUUAGAGGGAGCCCUUCACCAGGUUCGAUGUUCUGAGGGCCACGAGGCGUGGCACAGCUAGCGAGGAAGCCUCGCAGGCCCUCUGCCUGGCGCUCUCCUGGAGGGAGUCUCAUGGUGUCCCUAGCUGCAGCCGCAGUCCCACACCCUUCUCACAGUGUUGUCACCAGCUCACGGAGCAGCGGGAUGGAAAGGACUCGGAUGGUUCCUAGACUUUACGACCACACAGCACACAUGCCUCUGCUCUUCCUCCUCUGCCCUAGGCAGAGUUGCGAACUGACCACAGAUUCUUGCCCACCUCACAAUCCUUCCUAACAGUGCUCCGGCCAGCUCUGCCUGCCACCCUGCUUCUGACCCAAAGCCCUGACUUCAUGGAUGAGAAGACCCAGGACCAGAGUGACGAAGUGACUUUUUCAAGUUCACACGGCUUCUUGGGGCCAGAGAUGUGACUAAAGCCUGGUCUCCUUGUGCUCAGGGCAGUGCUCUUCCCUAAGACACCCUAGUGAACAAGCAGGUGCAGACCGCC